AUGUCAGCCGCUCAUCAAGUCAUGCUGAAGAGCGUGGAGCAGGGCUCCCCGUUCACCGUCGACAACAUCCCCUUCGGCGUCAUCUCGACGCCCGAUAAUCCAAAACCACGAUGCGCAACGGCUUUCGGAAACUAUGCGAUAGACCUGAGCGCACUUGAGCGAGAUGGAUUUCUUAGCGAUAUUCCGGGGCUCGAAGGGAAGGGUGAGAUUGAAAUGACAGGUAAUGUCUUCUCGCAGCCCAAUCUCAACGCAUUCGCAGCGAUGCCAAAAGAGAUUCAUCUCAAGGUUCGAACCUCCCUCAUCAGAUAUUUCCACGGUGGUCUUCCGCCGAGUUAUUAUAUCCCGCUCGACACUGUGACAUACCACUAUCCCAUGGACACAUCCAACUUUUCGGACUUCUUUUGCUCAUUAGAACAUGUGAAAAACUGCGCCAAAGUAAUGAACGCCCCCAUAACCCCAAGCUUCUUCUCGAUUCCCCCGGUCUAUAACGGCCGCACCUCCAGCCUGAAAAUCACAAACACCCCUAUCCAUCGCCCCCGCGGUGUAAUCCAACCAUCCCCCAGUUCCCCGCCAACCUACGCCCCAACACAAGCCCUCGACUUCGAACUCGAAAUGGGCGUCUUCAUCUCGAAGCCCCUGCCUUCCGGCGAGGUACUUGACAUCCGCAACGCGCGGGAGCAUAUCUUCGGGUUUGUGGUGUUGAAUGAUUGGUCUGCGAGGGAUAUCCAGGGGUUUGAGAUGGCGCCGUUAGGGCCGUUUCAUAGUAAGGGGUCUGGGACGAGUAUUUCGCCGUGGAUUGUGACGUGUGAGGCAUUGGAUCAGGUGGCUUGUCCGGUUAAGGUGAGGCAGGAGCCAGGGCCGUUGCCGCAUUUGGAGUGGAAGGGGGAGGUGGGGGAGGCGACGUUUGAUGUUAGGCUGGAGGCGAGGAUUUUGCGGAAUGGAAAAUCCUAUAGUGUUACCUCGACUAACCUGAAUGAGUUAUACUGGACGCCCUAUCAGCAAUUGACGCAUUUGGCCAGUGCGGGUGAAGGGCUGACCACGGGUGAUAUCUUUGGGACAGGGACUAUCACAAGCGAUCGAACAAACUUCAAAGGCGAAAAAGACGGAAUUGCCUGUUUGAUCGAGCGAAAAGUUCCAGAAAACGAGUUAUACGAGCUCAAGACCGACGGAAUCCAGUUCCUGCAAGACUGGGACGAGGUAGUGAUGGGAGGAUGGUGCGUGAAUUCUAGAACAGGCGUGAAAUUCGGCUUUGGCGAGUGUCGGGGGAAGAUCCUCCCUCCGAAAUAG